AUGUCAUCAACAGCACUGCUCAAGAUCCCAGAGCUACGAGACCUCCUCAGCGGCCGUCUCUCCCAGACAGACCUCGUCAACUGUGUCCGUGUCUCCAAAUCAUGGCAUGAAGGAUUCGCCCCAGUGCUCUGGUCCAAGAUCACGAUCUCCUCCCCACUUCAGGAUGUUGCAUUCUCACAAGCAGCAGCACACAUAGCUAUUCAUCGCUACCGUCGGUUUAUUCGGUCCUUCUCCGGUCCUUAUCCUACCUCUCUCAAGGCCCUCGGUAACCAACUCUUUGCCGAUUCGAUGGACAUUACGGAUUCUUUGCAGACGUCAGAGGAGAACGACAAGUGUACGGAACUGAGAGAGUUGCGACGGGAUUACAUUUUGGAUGAGAGUCUUGUUCUGCGUCUUAUCGAAUUCAGUCCAGAACUGCGAUCGUUGCAUCUGUAUGGAUGGUGUGAAGAGGACUCGGAGUCGGGACUUGUUCAAUUGAUCGGGAAACUGGAGCAUCUCAAGACGCUGACCAUGUUUGCAGGAUCUCCUGGUCUGUUGCCACUGGAGGACUUUUGUACGUUGCUCGAAAAUGUCCCUCUGUCCGUAGAGACCCUAUCCAUCGACUGCUCCCUUAAAGGAAACCUCUCUCACAACAUCAACAACAACAACACUGCUCAGUCACCACCUCAAGCAACGUCACCAUCAAGGACGCCACCACCACCUUUACCCAAACCCUUACGUCUCCGAGCGAUCAAGUCUCUGUCGUUCCGCGCAUCAGCAAUGAACACCGACCCAUCUGUCUGGUCAUCGUUCCUCAGCAAGUGUCAUGAUUUGAGGUCGUUUUCGGUGUCAGGGAACAUGAUGAACUGGAAUGUUGGCAGGAUUGUCGAGAUCUUGCAGCGGGAUUGUCCGAAGCUGGAGGAGUUGCAUUUGAGAGAGGCGGGACGAUGUAUCACGGAUUCGUACUUGGCGCAGUUUCUUUCUGCCUGCGACCACAGCAAGACAAACGACACUUCUUCUGCCGGAGGUGACACAAACGACACAAAUUUCACCCCCUUGAUCGAAUCUCUCUCUUUGCAGGAACAACAAACAGAGAGACGAGCAAGAUGGAAAGUGUUUGAAGCGACAGCCCUACCAGCAAUGGGACCUUUGAGCACCGAAAUCCUCUUGGCACACACACCGACACUCGAAAAAGUCAUCGUCAUCGACGGGAACAUCAUGGACGCAGACACCCAGUACCGAAUCCUCCUCCAGUCCCCCAACCUCAACACAUUCAAAGUCUUCCCAGAUCGUGAGGGAAUCUUUGGGAUCGACCCUCAGCAACUCUUAUUACCUCCCCCACUACCCCAAAGACCAUGGGCAUGCGAGUCAACACUCCGAACUCUCUGGCUCGCAAUACGCACCCCAACUGCACCCCUGACUCCUGCUCAACAACGCCUCGUCAUGCGCCAAAUCGGUCGCCUCCACCAGCUCACAGAGCUCCACCUCUUCAACGACCAUGAUUCAAAUUACAACAGUACUGGUCGUCCAGGAUUCACAGAUUUGUCGUUAGAGAAUGGAUUGGACGAGUGGGAGGGAAUGAAGGCGUUGAGAGAUGUGGCGUUGUCGGGAUUUGAGCAUUCAUUUGGGGAUAUUGAGAAGGAGUGGGUGUUGGAGAAGUGGCCUUUGUUGGAGAAGAUGCUUGUUGGGAGGGAUGUUGUUAAACAAGCGACGUGA